AUGCGAUAUCCUCGCUUAGCCGCUCUGGGACUGCGAAUCUACCCAUGGAAGGAAUAUCAGGACUUCCGGCACCAUACACCGGCUCAAAGACAUGCCUACAUCAUCGGUCGACUUGAAAGCGCUCGACGACGCGAAUGGAUGUGGAUCGUCGUCGUAGCAGGUAUCGGCUUUUUCACUGAUGCAUACGGUAUCUUCUCUGUCAACAUGGUUCUACCUAUGAUGAACAUUGUCUAUUGGAACCAUUCGAACUGGACCGAGUCGAAUGCUGUCCGACACGACUAUGAGGUGGCUCUCAGUAUAGUCACUUUAGGCGGUGUUAUGCUUGGCCAGAUCGCCUUUGGCGUCGCUGCGGAUGUCUGGGGACGAAGCAAGAUGUACGGCAUGGAGUUGAACUCCAUGUCUGCUAUCGCUCUUUUCUUAUUUUGGCGUGGACUGCUCGGGAUUGGUUUGGGUGGGGAUUACCCUCUGUCGGCAGUUAUUUGUUCAGAGUUUGCGCCGAGCCGACUACGAGGGCGACUACUUGCAACAGUCUUCUUUUGUCAGUCCCUCGGACAGCUCGCCGCCCAAUUGGUUGCUCUCAUCGCGGUGGCGGGCUUUCAACACCAUCUCCCCACUAACCCUGAUACGACCACAUGUACAGGAAACUGUAUCCGAAGCCUUGACACCAUCUGGCGCCUUCUGGUCGGACUAGGAGCUGUGCCUGCCUUUAUUGCAUUGUGGUUCCGACUGACGAUCAUCGAGUCCCCUCGCUAUACAGCAGAAGUCACCAAAGACAGUCUGCAGGCCGUCAAUGACGUAUCUCAAUUCUAUCAACGUGUUAGUAUUGACAGUGCAUCAAUGAACAGUAUAGAACCACCCUCUCCGGAGUCAGGUUCAUUCCGACUAUCGCCGACCCAAUCAGCCGAGCAACAGCCAGAUCGGCCUGCUUCUGCUGCCCCGUUUGCGGAACAAGAUGCCGCCUCCCCCUUGGCAAUCUGGAAAGACUUCAAGCUCUUCCUCAGGCAGAAGGACAACUUCAGAAAACUGGCUGCCACAUCCCUCUGCUGGUUCUGUCUCGAUCUCCCUUUCUAUGGCCUAGGGCUCAUCAGUCCACGGAUCACGCGAACCAUCUGGUUCGGAAGCAAGCUGCCCCGGACUAGUCUGUAUCAGCUACUCUUUCAAACAGCAUAUCAGAGUAUUGUUGUUGUUUCCUCUGGCGCCAUCGUGGGUAAUCUGUUAUCAGUCCUGACGAUCGAUAAACUGGGUCGGCGCAAUAUCCAAUUGAAUGGAUUCUUCUGGCUAUUUCUGCUAAAUGUGGUCAUUGGCGCUUCGUUUCAGCAUCUGGUGAAACACGAUGACCCGUCGGCGUUGGUGGUGUUGUAUAUUCUCUGCCAGAUAUUUUUCAACUUUGGACCCAACACAACAACGUAUAUGCUCCCUGCUGAACUUUUUCCAACUCGAUUCCGUUGCACCUGCCACGGCAUCGCCGCUGCAUUCGGUAAACUCGGCUCGGUCCUUGCGCAGUGCUUCCUGGCGUAUGUCGAUUUCGGCAAUGGAGCAGAUUAUACCAACGUACCGGAUUGGUUGGGAUAUGCUCUUCUCUGUUUAUCUUUCUUCAUGCUCAUGGGCCUACUCAUCACAUAUUUCUUCAUUCCUGACGUCCGAGACAAGGAUGGACGCAUCAAGUCGUUAGAGGAACUUACGGAUGGAAUGAUGCCAGAUGCUGAGUUUUCCCAGGCUGUGGCGAAUGGAUAUCCUGCACGAGGAUCAAGUCCUGAGAUGACUCAGGUUGAUGGGGAUAGUGUUAGGGUAUAA